AUGGCGCUUCUUCAGCGUGUGGUGCAGGUCAUGCAGGAGGUGGCCCCGCUAAGCCUCGCAGACCACUCGUGGGACAACGUAGGCGUUCUUCUCGAGUCCCCGGCACCCAACAAGAGCAACGCCCUUAUGCUCACCAUCGACCUCACCCCGGAGGUGAUGGAGGAGUGCCUGGAAAAAAACGUCGAGGUCAUUCUCGCCUACCACCCGCCAUUCUUCCGCCCUGUGAAGCGCUUGACGCUGCAGGAUCCGAAGCAACGAAUUAUCCUGCAGGCGGCCUCGGCAGGGAUGUCGAUCUACGCGCCACACACGUCUCUUGACGCUGCCGAGGGCGGCAUCAACGACUGGCUUGCCUCCUUGGUCGCUGGCGACGGCGCUUACACUGCCAGUCCCAUCCAGCCCACCUCCUCGUACGCACCAAACGCGGCGGAGGCAACGAAGGCGACCGGGAUGGGCCGCCUUGUCAAGUUAAAGGAGGAGGUGGAGUUCUGCUCUUUGGUGGGGUCGCUGAAGCAGCAGCUGGGUCUGGCCACAGUGCGAGUGGCGCUGCCAGACUCAUGGGAACCGUCUCACAAGGUAUCGUCGGUGGCCCUGUGUGCCGGUAGCGGCACCAGUGUGUUUCGGCUGCUGCGCCUCCCAGUGCAUGUGUUGCUCUCAGGUGAGAUGAGCCACCAUGAUGUGCUGGCCGCCACGGCAGCUGGGCAGGCGGUUAUCCUUUGCGAGCACACAAACACCGAGCGUGGCUUCCUUAAAGCGGUGUUGCAACGCACGCUGCAGGCAAAGCUAGAGGGGACUACCGUCCUGGUCUCCGACAAGGACCGCGAUCCACUCGCAGCCUGGUAG